CCAUUCUCAUUCUCCCACCCUCCUCGCAUAGUACGAAGAAUUUGUUUCCCUUUUCUCUCGCAGGAAUUUGUGGAAGCAAUUUUCGAUGGCACCAAAGGCGGAUAAGAAGCCAGCUGAGAAGGCCCCAGCGGCCGAAAAGAAGCCGAGAGCGGAGAAGAAGUUGCCCAAGGAGGCGCCAGUCUCGGCGGAGAAGAAGAAAAAGAAGGCCAAGAAGAGCGUGGAGACGUACAAGAUCUAUAUCUUCAAGGUUCUGAAGCAGGUGCAUCCAGAUAUCGGGAUCUCGAGCAAGGCCAUGGGGAUAAUGAACAGCUUCAUCAAUGAUAUCUUUGAGAAGCUCGCGCAGGAGUCUUCCAGGCUCGCUCGCUACAACAAGAAGCCAACCAUCACAUCUCGCGAGAUUCAAACUGCUGUCAGGCUGGUGCUCCCCGGUGAACUCGCCAAGCACGCCGUCUCUGAAGGCACCAAAGCCGUCACCAAGUUUACUAGUUCUUAGAAUUUUUCGUUAUUGGCAUUGUUUUAGGCAUUUUGCUGAUCGAUUCUGGUUGAUUUUGGAAUUAGGGUUUAGUGAUCGUUUAUUAGUUCAAUCAGGAAUUGAUGAUAUGUAAAGAAGGUACAGGCCAUCUCAUGGAAAAUUAAUGCCGUUUCUUCUCUCAUUCAAUCAAUGAUACUUAGAUUUGCAAUCUGAA